AUGGCAGCAACUGCCCAUUUCAAGGCUCUGACGCUGCUCUUGCAGUCAGCCAAGUACUCUGAUCUGACGCUUUGUUGUGGAGAUCGCGAGUUUGCUGUUCAUCGUGCGAUUGAAGCAUCUUCAGGGAGAAUCGAGCUCAAGGAUGACGACCCGGAAACUGUCGAGCGCAUGAUCUCUUUCAUGUAUAGCUUGGACUAUCAGGACGAACAACGAGGCAACGUUGAGGCAGCUAGAUCUUCUGAUGCGGAAGCUUCGAAUGCCAGCAACAGCGACGCGACAGUAGUAAGCGCUGAGCGUGAAGUCCUCGCCGAAACCCUGGUUAACAAUAAUGACGGCAACGUACAUAGCCAAGGGGAUAGUCAGCCUACUCUUUUCAGCAGUGUUCGCGUGUAUGCUAUUGCAGACAAGUACAAUGUGCAAUCUUUGAAAGAUCUUGCGAAACAACGAUUCGGCAGGUGGGCGAGAAGGAAUUGGGCCUGUGCGGACUUUACGGCCAUCAUUAGGGAGGUUUUCAACUCCACUCCCAGCAGCGACCGCGGGCUUCGUGACAUCGUUUCCGGAAUCGUCGCAAAUCACUCUGAUUUUUUCAUUCAAAAAGAUGGAUUCCGGGAAUUAGUUGAAGAUGUUGGCGAGCUUGGGUUAGGGAUGCUGGAUAAGCUUAUGAUAAGGCAUAUGGAGGAGAAUUCAGCAUUACUGUUGCAGAUUCAAAGCUUGGAAGCUGAGAUAGGCGUAUCCAAAUUACUACAGGGAAAAUCUAAACAAGCUCUCGCAAGGAAGUCAAGCGAGCUGGAUGCGAUGAUGAGCAGGGUCAACGAUCUUAGCGUCUGUCGACAUUGUAACGAGGAUUUCAACAUUGAGGUGGAAGAUCACUUUCCUGGGCGGGCCAUCAUCCGGUGUAGGAAAUGCCGAACAAGGCACUGA